AUGAACAAACCAAAGAAACAGAAGUUUCAUAUAGAAGACGAUAUAAUAGCGGAUAUUCCCCUCUUUUUAUUAGGGUUUCUUUUUUUCACUUGGAUUUGUUCGAUUUUGUUUGGUCUACGCCUUUCAAGUUUCCAUUUUCAUUGGAUAAGGUUCUCCUUGUCUCUCCAUCUCUAUCCAUACAUUACCUGUGAACAGGAAUUUGCACUCGGGGGACAGAAUACAGAGUACAUCAAAAUCAGGGACUUCUAA